CUGCAUUUCCUGAUGGAAGGGAAAACAGCUGUAGGUGAAAACAUAAGCGUACGGCUCAGUGUGUGAGCUGUAGCGUAUCACACUUGUUGAGGUGACGAACGUACGAAGUACUAAGAAUUAAUCACGUGUAUUCUCACUACACUCGUUAAAAUGGGUGUCUACGACCACCUGGAUUCGAAGUACAAUAUGAUGGGCGCAUCAAGUUUUUCUAAACUAACCCCAAAACGGCCUAACACUGUCGUAUUCGGUGCGGGUCCUAGUAAAGCGCAGAAAAUGAACGAGGAGGAGGUCCAACAGCCUGCACCCGAAAAGGACAAGGAUCCGAAUGCUUUCCACAAAUGUAGAAAAACGCUACCCGUCUAUCAUCAUCGUAAAAGAUUGAUGAACAUUAUAAAGGAGCACGAUAGUCUGAUCAUAAUUGGAGAGACUGGCAGUGGCAAAACUACGCAGAUUCCGCAAUUUUUAUUUGAUGCUGGUUUAGCCACAUCUGGAUGUAUCGGUAUCACGCAACCGCGCAGAGUAGCAGCGGUUAGCAUAGCAUCAAGAGUCGCUCAAGAACAAGGAGUCAAAUUGGGAAAAUUAGUCGGAUAUUGCGUCCGUUUUCAGAAUAUGACCUCUUCUCAAACGAAAAUCAAGUAUAUGACAGAUGGUAUGAUGGUGCGAGAGGCGAUAACUGAUCCACAUCUGUCGGAUUAUUCGGUGGUGAUACUCGACGAAGCUCACGAGCGAUCUGUGCAUACCGACGUUCUGUUCGGAGUAGCGAAACGGGCACAACAUUUGCGGGAGUUGAAAAAAGAGUUGCCGCCCCUGAAACUCAUCAUUAUGUCGGCGACGAUGGAUAUAGACAAGUUCGUUAAGUAUUUCAAUGCGCAAGCGGUUUACUUGGAAGGUCGGCAACACGAAAUAAAAGUUUAUCAAUCAGUUUCCACGUACGAAAAUUACUGGGUGCCUGCAUUAGCUACACUAUUUCAAAUACAUCGCGAGGCGCCCCCAAAUGAAGAUAUUCUUGUAUUUUUAACUGGUCAAGAAGAGAUAGAAUCGGCCGUAACGUACACUCGCGAGUUGGGUAAGCAUCUGAGCAAUCUUGUCGACAAUCCGCCUCUAAUGGUUUUUCCAUUGUACUCGGCAUUACCUACCCGUCAACAGUUGGAGGCCUUUAGACCGUCACCGCCGGGGUCACGCAAAGUAGUAUUUUCGACUAAUAUUGCCGAAACGUCUGUUACCAUUGGUGGUAUUCGUCAUGUGAUUGAUACCGGUGUUGCCAAGGUAAGGACUCAUCAUCCGAUGACAGGAUUAGAUAUGUUGAAAGUGGAGAAAAUCUCAAAGGAACAAGCAAGACAAAGGAUGGGAAGAGCCGGUCGAGAAGCACCCGGCAAAUGUUACAGAACUUACACACAAGAAGAAUUUGACAGGCUGGAGGAUACGACAAUACCCGAAAUUAAAAGGUGCAAUCUCACGGGAGUCGUCCUUCAACUUCUCGCUAUCGGAAUCGACAUCACUACCUUUGAUUUCAUGGACCAACCACCCAAGCAGGGUAUAGACACAGCCAUGAAAUGUUUGGAGAAUUUAGGCGCAAUUACAGGAUCUCAACUGACUACGCUUGGUCGAACGAUGUCACGGUUUCCCUUAGACCCUCGAUUCACCAAAGUAAUCCUUGCGUCGGUGGAACACAGGUGUUUAGAAGAGGCAUUGACAGUUGUUGCUUUACUAUCGGGAGAAUCGAUAUUUAUAGACUCGACUGCGAAAAGGGUACAAGCUGUCAAGGCACGCGAACGUUUCACUUCGCCCGAGGGAGAUCACGUAAUGCUGUUGAAUAUAUUCCGCCAAUACCAGAGCACCAAGCAAAAGAAGGUCUGGUGCCACGAAAACUUCUUGCACUAUCGAAAUCUGCAGUAUGGCUCGGAGGUAAGGCAACAGCUCGCGGCGUUGGCGGAACGUGCGAAUUUGGAAAGUGCGAGCUGCGGAACGAAUACGGAACAACUCAGAAAAGCUCUGCUCGAAGGACUUCAUGAGAAUCUCGCGGAACUGCAACGGGACGGGACGUAUGUCACGACGUUCACGAAGCAGCCGGUAACCAUACAUCCUUCCUCGGCGUUGCACGGCACGAAGACGUCGAUGGUGCUAUUCACGGAAAUGGUGGCCACUUACAAAUGUUACCUUCGCGGUCUGUCUGUCAUCGACCCCGGCUGGUUGACUGAAAAGAAUACCGGCCCUAGGAGACGCAACUGACGCAACUGUUUGUGCCACAGCAUUAUUUAUAUGGUGCUUAUUUUCACUGACGUCGGGUAAAGCGAAGCUGAUCGAGGCUGUCGCAUAAAUGAGACGAUGCUGUACAAAUGACGAAAAAUCAAGUAGCACUAUUGAUACAAGCUUUGAGAGAUCGAUUGAAAAGUGACGGCAAUUGGUUUUUAGAUAAUUAUUGUAUAGCCAAAGGGGUUACGAAGUAACGCGUUACUUUGAAGUAACGCCGAUAUCACUAAGCUACUUAUUUUAAUAAAUAAUUACCACAAAUUUCUAAAAGAUGCCUUAAGGUUGUCUAAAAAACGUUUAAGAGAAAUACAACGUUUUUUUUAAUGUCUUUAAGACAUCUUAUAUAAUAGUUAUACUAGUCUGGGUAGUAAAAAAUUACUUUUCAAAAGUAACUUUUCCAACUCUAAUGUUGUCCUAUUUAUAUCUGGAGUUCUUCAUCGACUUUCGCUCACAUCGACAAUCUUAUUGAGAUGAGGAGGGAGGAAGCGACUUUUCUCUAUUUAUAUACUUUAAUAAGAUGUGCAAAUAAAAUUGUUGUUACGUGUAAUUAAUAAAAGAGUUUUAUUUAAA